GCGUUUGCCCAUUCCACUGCAUGACGAUGGACCACGGAUCAUUUAUGUGCGGCCCGGCUGCUAUGCAGCGGACAAGUAUAGCUUUGAGGAGAUAAUUGCCGUGGCGCAUGCCUUAAGCGCGCUGAGUCUGCAGAAUGAUGACUACGCCGUAAUCUACGGCUGCAUGCUCAUCAUGGACUUUAGCGGCUAUACGGCGGCCCAUCUGAUGCAAGUAACGUCGAGCACAGUGAAGAAGAUGUCCAUCUUUGCGGAGGAAGCCAUGCCCGUUCGCGACAAGGGCAGGCACAUGAUCAACACGAAUGCCGCCUUCCAAAUGAGCUUCAAUAUGAUGCAAUCCAUACUUCCUGUCAAGCAGCAGGGUCGGAUCUCAGUGCAUGGCAGCAAUCUGGAGUCACUUUACAGCUACAUACCGCAAAGGUAUUUGCCCACACACCUGGGCGGCGAGCAGGGCACGCUUGAGGAGCUCAAACAGCUGACUUGGGAUAUCUUCACGGCACAGAAGGAAUACCUCCGAGCGGAGGCCAACUAUGGAGUUGACGAGAAGCUGCGACCAGCCGGACAGAGCUGCGACUAUGACAGCAUCUUUGGUGUCGAUGGAUCAUUUCGCAAAUUAAACAUUGACUGAACUAAAGGUAACUGCAAAGGAAAAACACUUUGAGCCUUUGGAAACAUUUUUUUGUAUAACACUUUCUGCUAUAUCUAGGAUUGAUGUAAAUCAAUUCAAAUCUUCUACACACAUAUA